AUGGAGCAGGGCUACGGAGGCUAUGGGGCCUGGAAUGCCGGACCCACCAACACCCAGGGUGCAUAUGGAACUGGUGUGGCCAGCUGGCAAGGUUAUGAAAACUACAAUUAUUAUGGUGCCCAGAACACCAGCGUCACCACUCCAGCAACCUACAGCUACGGCCCCGCCUCCUGGGAAGCCACCAAGGCUGGCGAUGGCCUGGCGCCUGGGGGUCCUGCCAUGCAUAUGGCUUCCUACGGCCCAGAGCCAUGCACCGACAAUUCUGACUCCCUCAUUGCCAAGAUCAACCAACGUCUAGACAUGAUGUCCAAGGAAGGAGGCAGGGGUGGGAGCAGCACCGGUGGGGAGGGCAUGCAGGACCGGGAGAGUUCCUUCCGCUUCCAGUCAUUUGACUCCUACGACUCCAGGCCUUGUCUGCCUGAGCACAAUCCCUACCGUCCCAGCUAUAGCUACAACUAUGACUUUGACCUGGGACCUGACCGCAAUGGUGGCUUUGGCAGUCAGUACAGUGACUGUCGGGACCCUGCCCGUGAGCCCCGCUCCCUCGAUGGCUUCAUGCGGGGCCGGGAUCAGGGCCGCUUUCAGGAUCGGAGCAACGCUGGCACCUUUUUGCGCAGUGACCCCUUCAUGACAUCAGCGGCCUCCUCCCAGCCACUGUCUACUCCCUGGACAGAGCUCAACUAUGUGGGUGGACGGGGCCUGGGAGGCCCCUCUCCCAGCAGGCCCCCACCUUCCCUCUUCUCCCAGUCUAUGGCCCCCCAGUCCAUGGCCCCCAACUACGGAGUGAUGGGCAUGCAGGGGGCUGGAGGUUAUGAAAACUCUGUGCCCUACCGAUGUGGCCAGUCACAGACCCGGAUGAGGGAUCGGCCCAGGUGGAGAGGGUUUGACCGCUGCGGCCCAGAUGGCAUGGGCAGGAAACGGAAGCAGUUUCAAGGCUACGAUGAGCCGGAUGCCAAACAGGCCCGGGCUGACAGCGAAGGAGAUUUUUCCGAGAAUGACGAUGGAGCUGGUGACUUCCGGUCAGGAGAUGAAGAAUUCAAGGGUGAGGACGAAUUCUUGGAUCCCGGGAGGCAGAGAGAGAAGGAUGACGAGGAUGAUGAAAUGAAGAAGAGGAAGGAGAAACAAAGGAGAAGAGACAGGCUGCGAGACCGGGCAGCUGACAGGAUUCAGUUUGCCUGUUCCGUGUGCAAGUUUCGGAGCUUUGAAGAUGAAGAAAUCCAGAAGCAUCUGCAAAGCAAAUUUCACAAAGAGACACUACGGUUUAUAAGUACCAAACUGCCUGACAAGACGGUGGAAUUCCUUCAGGAAUACAUUGUAAACAGGAAUAAGAAGAUUGAGAAGCGACGUCAGGAAUUGAUGGAGAAGGAAAGCGCAAAACCAAAACCAGAUCCUUUCAAAGGGAUUGGCCAAGAGCACUUCUUCAAGAAGAUCGAGGCUGCUCACUGCCUGGCCUGCGACAUGCUGAUCCCUGCGCAGCACCAGCUCCUCCAGCGGCACCUGCACUCGGUGGAUCACAAUCACAACCGCCGGUUGGCUGCUGAACAGUUCAAGAAAACAAGUCUCCACGUGGCUAAGAGUGUUUUGAACAACAGACAUAUAGUGAAGAUGUUGGAAAAAUACCUCAAGGGUGAAGACCCUUUCACCAAUGAAGCUGUUGAUCCAGAAAUCGAAGGAGUUGACAAUUUAGGAGGCGAUGAUAAGGAAGAGACACCUGAGGAAGUGGCCGCAGAAGUGUUAGCUGAGGUGAUCACAGCAGCGGUGAAGGCAGUCGAGGGGGAAGGAGUGCCCACUCCAAAAAGUAUUGAAAUGCCGGCUGAAGGGGAAAGCCCCGGGGACAGCGCAGGGGCCACCAGUGGUCCCCAUCCUGAACAGCCACCAGAAGCAGACACACACUGUGGAAUGGCAUCUGGGAAGGGGGAUGCGCACGCAGAGGCCGGCAGUGAAGGUGCCCAGGCUGGGAACCCGGACGCAGAGGCCGGAAGUGAAGGCGCCCAGGCUGGGAAUAAGGUUGCAGAGGCGGAAGGUGAAGCAGAGGCGGAAGGCACUGUAACAGUCCCUGUUCCUGCUCCAGCUGCCACAGAAGCUGCAGUGGACCAAACUGACGCAGAGUCCAAAGACGUCACUCCCACAGAAUGA